AUGGUUCACUUUGUACAAAUCAGGGCAUUAUCUGCAGUCUUUUCUCCUCAUACUUUUUCGGAGAAGUAUUUCAUUCCACAACAUCGUUCUUUUAUUUUCUGCUUGUCUUCAACCGCUUUCAUACUUUCCUCAAACUUUUCUACUGAUAUGAACGGGCCAUUACUUUUCUUUCCUUUCGGCAAGCUUGGCCUUCGUGAUUUCUUCUUGACUACUGAAUCGUUUUCUUUCUUCUUCAUCCAACAAUUUUGCUAUUUUCUUAGUCACCUUGUCAAUGACAAAAAAAGAAUCCGUAUUACGGGAUAUGCGUACAACAGACUUAGUUUACAUCUAUCCAUCUAUCUAUCUGUCUGUCUGAAUGUCUAUCUAUAUAUCUAUUUCAUUCUGUUCAAAUCUAUCUAUUUAUCUAUGUAUCUAUCUAUCUCGACUGCAUUUUUAUCUAUCUAUCUAUCUAUCUAUCUAUCUAUCUAUCUAUCUAUUCUAUCUAAUCUGUGUUUUUACUAUAUCUAUCUAUCUAUCUAUCUAUCUAUCUAUCUAUCUAUCUAUCUAUCUAUCUAUCUAUCACGGGUGGAUUUUUCAUUACCAGUCUAUCUAAUCUGUGUUUUUAAUCUAUCUAUCUAUCUAUCUAUCUAUCUAUCUAUCUAUCUAUCUAUCUAUUACGGGUGCAUUUCUCUAUCUAUUCUGCAUUUUAUUCUAUCUAUCUAUCUAUCUAUCUAUCUAUCUAUCUAUCUAUCUAUCUAUCUAUCUAUCUAUCUAUCUAUCUAUCUUAUAUCUCUGCUUACAUCUUUAUUUUGUCUCUUUUACUAUUUCAAUUCUUCUUCUUCUUCUUCCUCUUCUUCUUCUUCUUCUUCUUCUUCCUCUUCUUCUUCUUCUAACCCAUCCUUCCCUUUAUCUCUUUUUGACUCCAUCAUAUUCAUGGGUCACUUCGUUUUUUUCUACAGACCAGUCUCUGUUUCUAUCUUUCUAUCUGUCGAUAUACAUCUAUCCAUCCAUAACAUAACAAUCUAUCUAUCAGAAUAUCUAUCUAUCUAUCUAUCUAUCUAUCUAUCUAUCUCUGUUUAUUAUCUAUCUAUCUGUUCAUUAUUCAUUUGUUCAUUCUAUCUAUUUCAUUAUCUAUCUGUGUUAUUUAUCUGUUCAUUAUCUAUGUGUUCAUUAUCUAUCUAUCUAUCUAUCUAUCUAUCUAUCUAUCUAUCUAUCUAUCUAUCUAUCUGUUCAUUAUUCAUGUAUCUAUGUUUAUUAUCUAUCUAUUUAUCUAUUGAACUAUGUUUCAUUAUAUAUCUAUCAUGCAAAUAUCUAUCUAUCAUGCAAUUAUUUAUUUAUUUCUUUUUAUCUAUCUCAAUAUUCUAUACAUCUAUCUAUCUAUCUAUCUAUCUAUCUAUCUAUCUAUCUAUCUUUCACUCUUUUUCAUUUUGUUCAUAUCUAUCUAUCUAUCUAUCUAUCUAUCUAUCUAUCUAUCUAUCUAUCUUAAUAUUAUCUCUUUCAUUUUCAUUCUGCGUAUAUCUAUCUAUCUAUCUAUCUAUCUAUCUAUCUAUCUAUCUAUCUUCAUAUUUUAUGUAUUUUUUCGCUUUCAUUCUAUUCAUAUCUAUCUAUCUAUCUAUCUAUCUAUCUAUCUAUCUAUCUAUCUAUCUUCAUAUUCUAUGUAUGUUUUACGCUUUCCUUCUGUUAAUAUCUAUCUAUCUAUCUAUGAUAGAAUGA